UACCAAUCCUUACACCAAGGAGCAGGAGGAGGAGGCUGCGAGGAUCUUGGCCGAGCAGAAGGCCAAGAAAGAGAAGGAGGUUGUGAAGCAUGCCAAGAAGUUGGCCUUGCUACAGGAGAAGGCCAAGAAAGGAGUUGGAGGAGUUAGAAAGGGUGAAAAAAGAGGAGGAAGAAAAGAUGAAAGUGGUGGAUGCAGAAGAAGAAGAAGAAGAGAAAAAGGUGGAAGAAGAAGUGCCCCUGAUUAGAAGAAGUAUCCGGGACAGAGGCGAGACAAGUGGCACAAAGAAAGAAGAUUCCUGGCUGGAGAAGAAGGUUUCUGAAUGGGUUGCCAAUCUGUCUCUGGGAGAAGAGGAGGAAGCGAUGUUAUAUGUUCCCAGGGAAGAGCAGGAGACAGUCGUGAAGGAAUUGGAAGCCGAGGAAGACCCCCUCAAACGGCAGACGAUAGAAGAGGAGAAAAAGUUGGAGUGGAAGCUGCAUCUGACCAGGGAGAGGAAUAAAAGAUUGGAGGCAGCGAGUAAGGUGGCGAAAGAACUGGAGGAGGUGAAACAGCUGAGGGUGCAGAUGGAGGCACAGGCGGAUUUUCAAGGGAAGAUGGAGGUAAUGGCAAGGAAUAUAAAAUGCCUAGCACAGGCUCAGGAGGAGCAAUACCUAUUUGGGAGGAGCCAUGAUAUAGCCCUGCGAUCGAUUCGACUGGGGUUUAGAGAGUUUGUACGCGAGAUGAUCAUGCACGUGGGCUCAAAACUGCAGACAAGAUUAGAGAGCACUAAGCGAUUCUGUACUGGCGCCAUAGAGCGCGCCAAGUUGGCUGCACCAAAAGAGGAGGAAGCUCAUCCCCGUAGGGAGCAUGUUAAGGUGAAGUUCCCCGACUCCUACAGUGGAAAGAAGGAGGAGAACUUUGACAACUGGGAGGCCAAUGUCAACUUCUACGUGCAUCCACAAAAGAUAUCUUAUGACGAACAUGUCCUAAUAGCUUUACAUGCCCUCAAAGGCGAAGGAGCAAGCUUCGCCAGGUCGCUGUGUCGUGCCGCUAAUUGCAAUACCCCUCUCAGUGAGUUCUUCAAACUGUUGCAUGAAAGGUUUGCAGAUGUCACACGAAGCGUUAGAGCUUCUGACAAAUUGCAGACCAUUCAUUCCCGCCAGUGGAGGAGCGCCAGCGCACUCAAGGGUGUCAUGGACGAGCUGGUCGCCGUUCCUGAUCAUGGGGUCACUAAGACCCAACUAGUCAACCUAUUCUAUCGUGCCAUGCCUGAGCCCUUGUGAGGGCACUUCUUUGAGAAGAGUAGGGAGUCUACCAUGAUCUACGAUACGUUGAGUAAGGAAAUGGUAGCAUUCGAGGCGCAAUCAAUGCCAGUUUCCACU